AAAGGGACAACCAGGAACUCGGGCUCAGUCUCCACCCCAAGACGGGGCGGGUCCUGUCGGCCCGAACGAACGAGGGUGUGGCAGCCGCAGUACACUCACAGGCGGUCUCCGCGCAAGAGGAGCUUCUGCUGGGGUGACUGAAUUCUCAACCUGACCUAUAGCCAUGGCAACCAAAGGAGGAACUGUAAAAGCUGCUUCAGGAUUCAAUGCAAUUGAAGAUGCCCAGGCCCUGAGGAAGGCCAUGAAAGGACUUGGUACCGAUGAAGAUGCCAUCAUUGGAGUCCUGGCCUACCGCAACACUGCCCAACGUCAGGAAAUCAGGACUGCAUACAAGAGCAACAUUGGCAGGGACCUGAUUGAUGACUUGAAGUCAGAGCUGAGCAGCAACUUUGAGCAGGUGAUUGUGGGAAUGAUGACACCUACCGUGCUGUAUGACGUUCAGGAGCUGCGCAGGGCUAUGAAGGGAGCUGGCACAGAUGAAGGCUGCCUGAUAGAGAUCCUGGCUUCUCGUACCCCUGAGGAGAUCCGUCGAAUCAACCAGACUUACCAGCAGCAAUAUGGAAGGAGCCUUGAAGAGGACAUCUGCUCAGACACAUCCUUCAUGUUCCAGCGAGUACUGGUGUCCCUGGCAGCGGGUGGCAGGGAUGAAGGGAAUUACCUGGAUGAUGCACUCGUGAAGCAGGACGCCCAGGACCUGUAUGAGGCUGGAGAGAAGAAAUGGGGGACAGACGAGGUGAAAUUCCUAAGCAUCCUCUGUUCCCGGAAUCGGAACCAUCUGCUGCAUGUGUUUGAUGAAUACAAAAGGAUCUCUCAGAAGGACAUUGAGCAGAGUAUUAAAUCCGAAACGUCUGGUAGCUUUGAAGACGCCCUGCUGGCUAUAGUGAGGUGCAUGAGGAACAAGCCUGCAUAUUUUGCUGAAAGGCUUUAUAAGUCCAUGAAGGGCCUAGGCACUGAUGACGACACCCUCAUCAGAGUGAUGGUGUCCCGAGCAGAGAUUGACAUGCUGGACAUCCGGGCAAACUUCAAGAGGCUCUACGGGAAGUCUUUGUACUCUUUCAUCAAGGGCGACACUUCCGGAGACUACAGGAAGGUCCUACUCAUCCUCUGUGGAGGAGAUGAUUAAAACAAACCCAGGACAGAGACUUCUUAACACUGGGUUGUUGUUUUUUUUUAACUUCAUUUUUCUGCACUGCUAUUAACAUUAUCUCAAAUGCUUAUUUCCAAUUAAAACGCCUCCAGUUGCCUCCUUUGAUCCAGCCUGUGUUAUUAUCAUCUAUAAUUAGUCAUUUUGAUGCCUUAAACCUGUUCUUUCAAAGCUUUUAAGACCUAAAUGGAGAUUUAGAAUUAGAAAUUAAAAUGUGCUCCAAGUCUUUAACAGAUUAUUUCCUCAUGCAUGUUUUGCAGAAACUGAAUGCACUAAAUCCUUUUGGAUUUUUCUUUUCCAUAAGAAUUUUACAGGACAGAAGCAGCUCUCUUCCCUGAGCAGCCAGUCAUCUCUUCAUGCCAGACCCUACCAUCUACUACUAAGAAUUUCCAUCCAGUUUCCUAUUUUACACAGCUGUAGAUUGAAGUUCUUAUGAGCCUCCUUUCUUUGGCUUUGUCUAUCGUGUUAGCUGAUAGUUUGGUAUGGCAGGCUUCAUCUCCUGCACUGAAACUACUUUCUCCUCAAGAAGUGUAGCAAAGUCACCAACUCAUCAAACAAGUUGGUUAAAAAGAGCUCAUGUGUCUGUUGAUCACGCACACUGAGCAUUCCAGUCUUAGGGCUGCUGUCCUAAUCUUGCUCCAAAGUGAUGGGAAAGAGUGAGGUUCAGCUGAGGUUGUUCUUGUGCCUGAGCUCUGGGCUGUGGCUGACCCAAGUAAAUUAUUUCUGCUAAAGAUAAUCUCUUUAGAUUGUUGAUUUGAUUCCCACUGUACCCAGAUGAUCUUACAAUCAUUCAGAAAUGGUGCUUGCAUGUUUGGAAUUUUGGUUUGUAUACAACAUGAGAAAAUUUUUUAUUAAAAAUGGUGACUUUAAAGGGA